AGACAAUAUAACCUUCUCAACAUCUUAUAAUUAAACAUUAAUUCCUUCAUAAUCUUUAAAGUAUAACUAUAAAAAUUUGAAUAAAACUUGUCAUAAAAAUGGUAUCUGUUCUAAAUACGGUUGAUACCGGUCAUGAAGACAUGAUUCAUGAUGCAGAAAUGGAUUAUUACGGUUUGAGGUUAGCAACAUGUUCCAGUGACAACUCGGUUAAAAUUUUUGAUUUAAAAAAUGGUUCACAAAGUUUAGUAGCUGAUCUUAAGGGUCACCUUGGACCUGUCUGGCAGGUUACUUGGGCACAUCCUAAAUUUGGAAAUCUUUUAGCAUCUUGUAGUUAUGAUCGAAAAGUAAUCAUUUGGAAAGAACUAGGAGAAUGGACCAAGAUUUAUGAACACAAUGGUCAUGAUUCCUCUGUUAAUUCAGUAGCUUGGGCACCACAUGAAUUUGGCUUAAUUUUAGCCUGUGGUAGCUCUGAUGGUUCAGUGUCUAUACUUAUUAAUAAUGGAGAUACAUGGGAUACACAAAAAAUUACAAAUGCUCAUACUAUUGGAUGCAAUGCUGUGAGUUGGUGUCCUGCUAUUGAGCCUAGUUUUGAUGCUAGUGGAACUCAGAGGAAUGGACCGGUAAAAAGAUUAGCUACAGGAGGUUGUGACAAUUUAGUUAAAAUUUGGAAAGAAGAAAGUGACAGAUGGAUUGAAGAAGAUAAACUUGAAGCACAUAGUGAUUGGGUAAGGGAUGUUGCAUGGGCACCUGCAGUUGGACCAUCUAAAGCAGCUCUAGCUUCUUGUUCACAAGAUCGUCGUGUUAUUGUAUGGACUUCUAAUGAUUAUACCAGUUGGACACCAACUAUCCUCAAUGUUUUUGAUGAUGUUAUUUGGAAUGUUAGUUGGUCAUUAACUGGAGGUAUUUUAGCUGUUAGUGGUGGAGAUAAUAAAGUAUCUCUUUGGCGUGAGAAUACUGAAGGACAGUGGACCUGCAUUUCUGAAGCAAAUAAAGGUCAAGGUAAUCUUAAUAACACAGAUCAGCGUACAUUAUAAUAUCUGAAAAUAAAAUAUAGGAUAAUAUUUUUUA